AUGGAGGUUGCGAUGGUGAGUGCGGAGAGCUCAGGGUGCAACAGUCACAUGCCUUACGGGUACGCGGCCCAGGCCCGGGCCCGGGAGCGGGAGCGGCUGGCCCACACCAGGGCAGCGGCGGCGGCGGCGGUGGCAGCGGCCACGGCUGCCGUGGAAGGCAGCGGGGGUCCCGGAGGGGGCUCCCACCACCAUCACCACCACCACCACCAACACCAACACCAGUCUCGGGGGGCCUGCACCUCCCACGACCCCCAGAGCGGCCCACGCAGUCGCAGGAGGCGGCGACAGCAGCCCGAGAAGAAGAAAGGCCACCACCACCGGCCCAGCAGCAGCUUCCCUCACUGCGCGGACCUCAUGCCCAGCGGCUCGGAGGAGAAGAUCCUGCGGGAGCUGAGCGAGGAGGAGGAGGAUGAGGAGGACGAGGAGGAGGAGGAAGAAGAGGAGGAGGAGGAGGAAGAGGAGGGGAGGUUUUACUACAGCGACGAGGACCGCGGGGACGAAGGCUCCUACACGGACCUGCUGCCCCAGGAUGACGGGGCCGGCGGCGGCGGCGGCGGCGGCGGCGGCUACAGCGCCGUGCGCUACAGCGACUGCUGCGAGCGCGUGGUGAUCAACGUGUCGGGCCUGCGCUUUGAGACGCAGAUGAAAACGCUGGCCCAGUUCCCGGAGACCCUGCUGGGGGACCCCGAGAAGAGGACCCGGUACUUUGACCCUCUGCGCAACGAGUACUUCUUCGACCGGAACAGGCCCAGCUUCGAUGCCAUCUUGUACUAUUACCAGUCCGGGGGCCGCCUGAAGAGGCCGGUCAACGUGCCCUUCGACAUCUUCACCGAGGAGGUGAAGUUCUACCAGCUGGGCGAGGAGGCCCUGCUCAAGUUCCGCGAGGACGAGGGCUUCGUGAGGGAGGAGGAGGACCGGGCCUUGCCGGAGAACGAAUUCAAGAAGCAGAUCUGGCUCCUCUUCGAGUAUCCGGAGAGCUCCGGGCCGGCCCGGGGCAUAGCCAUCGUCUCCGUCCUGGUCAUCCUGAUCUCCAUUGUCAUUUUCUGCCUGGAAACCCUGCCCGAGUUCAGGGACGACCGGGACCUCAUCCUGGCUCUGAGCGCGGGCGGGCACGGCGGCGGCGGCGGCGGCGGCGGGCUGUUGAAUGACACCUCGCCGCCCCACGCCGAGGGCUCAGGGCACACGGUCUUCAACGACCCCUUCUUCAUUGUGGAGACGGUGUGCAUUGUCUGGUUUUCCUUUGAGUUUGUGGUUCGCUGCUUCGCUUGUCCCAGCCAAGCCCUCUUCUUCAAGAACAUCAUGAACAUCAUUGACAUUGUCUCCAUCUUGCCUUACUUCAUCACCCUGGGCACGGACCUGGCCCAGCAGCAGGGCGGCGGCAACGGGCAGCAGCAGCAGGCCAUGUCCUUCGCCAUCCUCAGGAUCAUCCGUUUGGUCCGAGUGUUCCGGAUCUUCAAGCUCUCCAGGCACUCCAAGGGCCUGCAGAUCCUGGGCCACACCCUCCGGGCCAGCAUGCGGGAACUGGGCCUGCUGAUCUUCUUCCUCUUCAUCGGGGUCAUCCUGUUUUCCAGCGCUGUGUACUUUGCCGAGGCAGAUGAGCCUACCACCCAUUUCCAAAGCAUCCCGGAUGCCUUUUGGUGGGCGGUGGUGACCAUGACAACUGUGGGCUAUGGGGACAUGAAGCCCAUCACUGUGGGGGGCAAGAUCGUGGGGUCCCUGUGUGCCAUUGCGGGUGUCUUGACCAUUGCUUUGCCAGUGCCAGUGAUUGUCUCUAACUUUAACUAUUUCUACCACAGAGAGACUGAAAAUGAGGAACAGACACAGCUGACCCAGAAUGCAGUCAGUUGCCCAUACAUCCCUUCUAAUUUGCUGAAGAAAUUUCGGAGCUCCACUUCUUCCUCUCUGGGAGACAAGUCAGAGUAUCUAGAGAUGGAAGAAGGAGUGAAGGAAUCUCUCUGUGCCAAGGAGAAGUGUCAGGGAAAGGGGGAUGACAGUGAGACAGACAAAAACAACUGCUCUAACGUGAAGGCUGUGGAGACUGACGUGUGAAUCCUGUCCUCCGUGCGCCACUGCCCCCUCGCCCCCAAGCCCAGCAUCUCCAAAUAUAUUUAUGCAUAGAGAGUGCAGUUAUGAAAAUGAAAUAUGCAAAUGAAUCCAACGCAUACAGUAGUACACCAUUUAAUGGUUAUACAUGGCAUAAUUGUUAUAAACUUGUAUUACAUAUCAAAUAAAUGAUGCAUCUUGGAGAAGAGGGAGGCUUAAAUAGGA